CACGAUCGUAAAACUACCUUGAAAAGCAAAAAUUUUCCCUAAAAUCUUAAGGAAUGAAAACAGAAGCUUGCUUCGACAAACAUUUAGUAAAUUAUGGUCUGUGUUGUGGCCAUAAAAGGUUAACCGCAAAACCGGAUAUGAGCUACAGGAAGUAGAGUUUUUAGGCGACGCAUACCAAACGACAUUCCUAUUAUAUUUCGUAAAAAGAGUCCAGACAGCGUGUUCUCUUCUCCUGGCGAAACACAAGCCGUCUCUUUUGGAAGUGAAACAGUUUGAAAAAUCUUUACAAAAUGGAAGAAGAAGAAGCUCGAUUAAAAGCAUUGGUAAGCGAAAUGAAUAAUUUUAAGAAGUUAUUUAAAUUUAGACAAGUAAACAAUACCACAAGAGCUUGUUAUUGUGCCAGCCAAAAGGUUCUAAUUUGAUCACUAGAAUUUUCUAAUACCAUCAUAUUCUGUUGCUUAGAUCUAACUGUCAGAAAAUAUUAUACCCUCUUCCAUAUGAAGACUUAGUUUCUAAGCUAAUAGUGAAAUGCUUCGAGUGUAUUAUAGCCUGUAUAAUAGUUUAUAACCCAGGCUGUUCACAUGGCCAGGUUGCAAUCUAUACAACAUAUCUUAUAGACAUCGUUAGUACCCUGCUGUUUGAUAUUGAUGAAUACAAUGGCUUUUACUUCGUAACUGUCUCACGCUGCGUCGAUUUGCAAUAUUUGAAAUGUCCUAAACUAUCCUUUUCCCCGUCGAUUUUCAAAGCAAACAAAACUAAUUUGAAUAGAGAUGUUAAGUAUACGUAGUACUAAUUAUUACAACGGGCAAUAUGUUAUAUACAACCCUGUUAUCAAGUAUAUAAUAUCUCUUGAUAAUCACUUGUAGUUUACAAUAUGUUAUAGUGUACUGUUAUCUUGCUUCAAAUAUAAGCUAACUUUACAAUUGUUGAGGGUUUUUCGCUUUAAUAACAUUGUGUGCAUUUACAAUUAAAUAUUUAAUAAAAACAAUCUCUUUAUUGUCACCAUAGCAUAAAAUUAGUCCUGCUAAAAUGCCAAAGUAUGCGAGCAAUUUUAAGUAAUAAACUUUAAUACCACAUGUUAUUCGCAAAAUGCUCGCUUAAUCUGCUUUCCUUAUGGAGUUAUGCUUUGUUUAAACGAAAAUUGCUCAUUUAAUGCUCAAAAUGUGUAAAAGUGUGGUAUUUUAAUAUUCUCAAGUUCUAACGAGCCAAUGUAUAAUUUCCCUUCUUAAAUGUUAUUUUUUGGCAGCACGAACAAUUAUUUACUUAGUAUUGUCUCUAAUGUUGGUUUUACUAAAGUAAUUAUCCGCAAGCGACAGCAAUUAUUAUUGCGUAUUUGACGCUGUAAUUAAUGAUAAUAUGAACUGAUUAUGGCUACAAAUUAUGUGAAAUGAUUGAAAAUCUCGUCUAACAGUUAGUUCUCAUGCCAAAACUGGAUAGACUCAAUCAACAUAUGGUCUGAUUAUUAAUUGCUGAUUGAUAGGUUCAAAAAAAUGAAACAGCAUCAACCAGUGCUUGCCAAAUUUUCACAAUUUGUUUGGAAUGUCUUUCACCUCUGUGGCCAGGGUUUGAUUCCUGCAACUUGUCUGAUUAUAAUUUCAUCUGUGUUGCAUAUUUGCAUGCGAGAAGAGCUUUGCAGUUUGUCAUUUACCAAAUGCCAUAGGUUUGCUCUGGGUACUCCAGUUUCUUCCUGCUCUAUAACACUAGAAUAAUUUACAGCUGUGCACAGGCUUCCCUGCUAACAGAGGUCUCUAUUUGUGCAGGAAAGCGAAGGAGAAGAGACCUCUGCCUAGAUCUGACACGUUUUCUGUGGUGCAUGUGCAAAAUUGCCAUGACAACGAGUGAUGUUUACCACAUGAUAUCAAACCGGUUUUUGCGGGAGCAACUUGCAGUUUGCAGGCAAACAAACGUAUCUCGGCCCGAUAAAACUGAAAAGAUUGCUUUCUUUUGUUCUUCUGUCACUGCUUUCACAGUUUCAUCUUUGAAAAUAUCAAUUACAUAACUUAGCGCACUUUCAAACAACAUGAAAAACCUCAAAAUGACCACGCUAGGCAAGCCGCCAUUUUGACACUACGGGCUCAAUGUCAUUACAGCAUAAUUCAGCUCUGAGCAUGCGUACUUUUUUUUCCCCUAAACCGGGAAUGCACAGUCUAGAAUAAUAAGUGAUUGCCCUAACUGUACCUCUAGAGAAAUAGCAGUGGUGUCAAGUAACAAAGUAAAUGUACUUUAUUACUGUACUUGAGUACUAUUUUUGAGAAGUCAGCAUUAUGUAACAAAGUAAACUUUUUCUGGAGUACUUUUACUUGGAAUAAAGUUGUUUUAAGAAGUAACGUUUUACUUCGUUAUUUUCAUUUUGUGGCGAAGUAUUUCUUUACUUUCUCACAUUUGUUUAAUUUUACGUGAUUUAUUCCUGAUUUAUUUUAAUAUUGGGAUAGGUAAUAGGACAUCUACAUGUGUCUGGGAUCUCUUGUCUGUGGCUUACUUAUAAGCAUUAUUUAUAAAAUAACAUGUAUAUAACGCGUGCUCUGAUUGGUCGAAACCCAUGUUUGGAUCAGGCCAUCCAAACACGGAAAUUUAAAGUGAAAGUUUCUUAAAGUGAAAUUUUAACACAGAAAGUUGUUAUUUUAUAAAGCAAUUACUUUAUAGUUUCUGUGUUUGGAUGGCCUGAUCGCACGCUUUUCUUAACUCUCGCAACAUUCCUGUGUGUUUGGAUCAGGCCAUCCAAACACGGAAACCAUAAAGUAAUUGUAUAUUAUUUAAUGGAUUUCUCAUAUCUUCAACGGGGUCUGGAAAGUAGUUGCACACAUAUAAUGUGUGUGCUGUUUUGUGUCUUGUAUGUCUGAAUCCAUUGAAGAAAUCGACAACAGUAGACAAUAUAGACAAUAGUACCAGUAGAAAUCGACAAUAUAGACAAUAGUACUUUUACUUUUUAAGGAUACUUUGUACUUUUUACUUAAGUACGUUUUGCUUCCAGUACUUUUUAACUCUUACUCAAGUCGUUUUAUUGUUAAUUACUUCUACUCUUACUCGAGUACAAAUUCAAAGUAAUUUAGGCACCAAUGGGAAAUAGUUUAGAAUUGAUAGAGCUAUGUGAGUUUAAUUUACAUUAGAUCUGCUGCAGAUGGUUACUAAGUGUACUGAUUACAGUGGUUGUACUCUGAUAGAGAAUUGCUUUAUCAAUGCAAUGAAAUUUUCCAAAAUUUAGCUUGAACAAACAGAUGAUUUUGAUGAACGUAGAAAGAUCAGAGCAGAAUUACGUGUCGUGCGUAAGAAGAUGUUGGACACGCUCAGUGCAAACGCAGAAGCAGAAUCCAAUGAACGUGCAACACGCAGAGCAGAACGAGCGAGAGCUCGCAAGGCUGAGGAAGAGGCUAGUAACCACACAGGACCUGCAAUAACUGAUAAAAUACUCUCAGAAAUUGAUGACGAAGUAACAUUACAAACACUUGUAAGUAAUUUUUUGCAAUAAAAUGUUGCCCUAAACCAGGUGAUUAAUUGUAAUAUUCCCUAAUGUGCCCUACAUUGCUAUUUAAGCCUGCCUAACACCAGACAAUUUUAUUCAUGAAGGGGAAAUAGUUAGACAUCAAUGCUGUUACUGGCACCCUACUUUCUUAUUUUACUCUGUCUAACCCUAGACAAAUUUACUUACCAUCUUACUAAAUGUUGAGCAUCAAUGAGUGAUAAGACUAAUACCAAUGCACUUGAACUAUUUCUCUUCUGAAAAUGUAGCUAAAUGAAAUUCCAACGUCCCAGAUUGAAGACCGAAGGAGAAUACGUGCAAGAAUUAGAGAAGUGAAGAGGAAAAAAGCUGAAGGUAUGGAUGUAGUGCUUUUCUGCUGGAUAGUUCAAAUUAAUGAUUGAUUACUUUAAACUGAUUGUGUAAUUGAUCGACGAUUUCCUGUUUCAGAAGAGGAACCAACACCAAGACGUGCAAGAAGAACAAGGGAGACGACUGAAACAUCUCAUGAAGAACCAACACGAGACACAAGACGAUAUCAAAAAACAGCUUCGGACGAAUCCAUUGAAACCAAACGUGAUGAACCAUCCAGUGUUACCGUGGGAACCACAACCAAUGAUAUCUCCCAUGUUUCCAUAACGACUACAUCUGACGAUGCCCCAUGUAUUACCAUAGAAACCACAUCUGAAGAACAAUCAGUUGUUGGUAUACAGACAAAAACUGAAGAGCCGCCUAACGAACCCCCUAACGAACUUGCUAAUGAACUUUCCAAUGAACCCACUAACGAAGUCUCUGAUGAACCAUCUGACACCAUUGAAACUAACUCUGAUGAACCAUUUGGUAUUUCCGUGAAAAUGAGCACUGACGACCCAGAAGCUGUUACUAUAGAAACGACAAAUGCAAACCAUGCAGAUGAUGACAGUGAGAUUAAGUUUAAGUUGACCCUUCGACAAUCGAAGGACAUUCAACUUGAACAAGACACAGAAGAUACCGUUGAGGAAUCAGCAGACCUCGAGAUUGAUCAAGCUGUAGAGGUCCCGAAUGAGGUGUCUGUUGCAACACCAGUUGAGAUUAAAAUUGAGCACAGUGCUGAUGAGAACCACGAUGGAGGGGUCGACGACGAUGAGGCAGAGAGGCAAGAGAGUGCGGACGAUACGCCUGAAGUACCGAAAGGCGAACUGGUUGAAGAAGAAACUCAAGAUGAAGUAAAUGGCGAAGUAGAGGGAAAUGUUGGAGAAGGAAUUUCUCUGGAAUUUAAAAUCGAUGGUGAAGUUAACUUGAAUAUUGAUGGUGAGGAAAGCGAAGACCAGCCUAGCCAGGACUCCCAAGAACGAGACACGGCAGAUGGUGGAAAUAUUUCAAAAGAUGAAAGCAAUGCUUCGAGUGAAGGGAAAGCAUCCAAACCUAGCUGGCCACCGCAGAAUAAUGAGAAGAAAAAACCUGGUCGAGUUAACCAAGUUGACUUCAGAAACAACCUCAAGAAAUCUGGUAAGAUUGGACUUGGAAAAGUUAAUCUUGAGAAGAAAAACAACACGACUGGUGCACAAGUUGAUUUCAGAGCUGGAAGCUUGAAGAAAUCUGGACGUAUUGGACCUGGAAGUGUGAACUUGGAGAAUAAGAUUUCAACUCAAGGUGCUCAAGUCGACUUCCGAAGCAGUAAUUUGAAACCUUCGGGAAAGAUUGGCGCCGGAGCUGUACAUUUAGAGCGAAAGACAAAUACAGCCGGAGCUCAGGUUGAUUUUAGAACCACGUUAAAGAAAGGAGGAAGCCCGAGUGUUAAAUCACCCGCGGGAAGUGUUAGAAAGAGCAGUUUGAAGUCUGAGACGACAAAAGAUAGUCGGAAAUCAGAGGAGACAGAACAGCCAACCAAGACAGAACAGCCAACCAAGACAGAACAGUCAACCAAGGCAGAACAGCCAACCAAGACAGAACAGUCAACCAAGGCAGAACAGCCAACCAAGACAGAACAGCCAACCAAGGCAGAACAGCCAACCAAGGCACAGGUACCUGAACAGAAACAACCAGAGACACCUGAGGUGCCCGAGGCCGCAGCUGAAGAUAUCGUAUCCUUGGAAAAGAAAGACAACCCCCCAGCUCCAAUAAAGGUCACCAUUCCAGCGCCGGUUAAAAAGAAAGCCCCAGUUAAAGAACCCAAACCUGUCCCAGCUAAAAACGAGAAAGCACGAAACGAAACAACACGAGACGAGGCGAAAGUAACACGAAGUGAGUCGAAAACAGCUCAAAACAAGCCAGAACCAACACAGAACGGUCCCACACCAACAGACGAGGAUAUCAGCUCGACAUGCGAAGGUAAAGACGGCGAAGGUAAAGACGGCGAAUAUGAAGAAAUACCUGCACAAGUCGAUGUCAAGCUUGAUGUGAAAAUUGAUAAUGUAGCGGCCAGCCCGCCUAGCGUAAACCAUAAAGAAGCCAGCCCGGCACCCAAAGAGGUUCCUGAGCCGAAGGGAAAAGCCAAGUACAAGCCACGAGAUAGUUAUAAGACGAGGGAGGAUACCGCGAAGAGUGCUGGGGGAAAGACUAAACUGUUUGAAAAGUUGUCCAAGUUUCAAGCUAAGGAUGAGACCGUUGUGAAACCAAAAGGAUAUACACCUAGGUAAGUUUGAUAUUAUUCGUAAUGAUAGUAAUGAUGAUUAUGGUUGUAAUCAGGGCUCGAAGUACCGUAUAGAGAAAAAAUAUGACCCGCCAGUGUAAAAUUUUUUGGCAGGUGAAAUAAAUUUUAGUCUGCCAUUUUUAUUCAUUGCCCCCAUUGGACUGCCAAAAUGGCGAUGUCUCAUAUGAGUCAUAUUGUAAAAAUCAAUGUUUUCAUGAUAUGCAUUUUUAUUGCUUUUAAACUUGUCUAUUUUACUACAGUAAACUUGGAUUCACGUUUCAAAUAUAAACGUAUUUAGUGGCAACUAAAUGAUCUAGUAUAUAUGAGUUGUGGUAAGAAAAUGAAAUGAAAUAUAUCUAUAGAAUUUCACCUGCCAUUUUUUUUUACUUUGGCAGUUCAAAUUUGUUUUUGCCUGCCAUUUCUUUUUUUCCAGCCAUUGGCAGCCCGCUAUUUCGAGCCCUGGUAGUAAUGUAGACCUUUCCUUUCGCAUUCCCGGAAAUCUAAACCCGCGGAAAGGAGGGAUCGCUCGCAGUCUAGUAGUGAUAAUGUGAUGAUUGAUUGUGAUAGCUGUGCUGUAUAAAUAAAGUUAGUUUAGAUCAGGUUUCCCCCCUUUAGUAACACUGGAUCAAAGCAUUGCCCUAUAGCUUACUGGACUUUCAAGAACAAUUCAGAACUGACCGUGCUCAGCUCUCCAUUUUGACCAUGGAUAAUAAAAUAAAGUUAUUUUACAAUCCAUGGUUUGACUAAUAUCCAUUUCAGUUAAUUAAAUGCUUUGUAGUGACGUCAGUACCUUGACCGUUCACUUUCACUGACCUGAGUAUCAGGCGGUUUUCUCGUCCUUAAAUGCGGGUGCAUGGAUAGACUGCAAUGGGCUGGCUGCACUUUUUCGCAUUCUCUCAGAUUAGAGCGGUCACUGAAACUCUUGCAUAAUUUCGUCUCAUAUAAUUAGUUACAUAUUUUCCAAUUAUCAAAAACACUUCUGUUUUGCAUUGAGGACCAAAAACACUACACUUCCUGAGAAUAAACCUUGCUUACCCUCAAACUGACAGAUAUUUUACUGAAGCAAAGCUUUAUGCCAUCAAACAAAGCAGAAAUGUUGAAGAAUUAAGCACAGAUGUAUCGUUACUCAUGCCUUUUGAAAUAAGACUAUUUGUCUUGAAAUAGAUAUGCUGAAUAAAUUAAAAUUGAUACAAAGAGCAAUUAACUUCAGUUUGUAAAACAUUUAUAAAUUUCAAAACAGUUUUGACUUUUCGUUAAUGGCGGGCUCACAGAAAUAAAGUUUAGACACAGAAUCUGUAAUUUGAAUGAAAGCGGGCAAGUUAAAAAUUGUAUUAGAUACAGACCUUAGACUAGCUCACUGUACUCCGUGAAUUAGCUAGCCACCACAUAACUUACAUAAAUGUUCAUUAUAAAUUGUUACUCCCCAAAGAGUUAAUGAGGCCUUAAUUAAGCUGGUCAGACAUACAAAUUAUAACGUUUAUACUAUAUCUAUGAAAUACUUAAAAAACAGAAGACAAUCACAAACAGUAUGCUAAUAUUUAUAAAAAAAAGUCUGUGCUAAUCUAUGCUAUAGCCGUUCUAUGAUAUAUAUACAAGAAUCAUGGAAUAAUUAGCUAUAUUUCCCGGUGUCUGGGGCUUAUGCUAUAAUAUAUUAACGGUGAAAAUAUUUGGCAUACUACAUGUCGAUAAGACUUGUGCCUAUAUAUAAACAUACGUACAUUGUAAACUGAUUAGCAUUGUGGGCUGGAUAUGUAAGACAGCCUAUAAAUUUGUUGAACAGUCUGUCGCUUGGUGGUGAAAUUAUCAGUGGUUGGUGGGAAAAUGUCUACGCGAAUUACAGUUAGGUUGGUGUAUUUAUGGUAAUUCUAGCAUUAAAAAACUGUUUUGGACACAGCACGUUACGCAUGAAACAAAGUGACAAGAGUCGAUGUUGUUUAUCUUGUUAAUUUGCAAUGGUUUCUAACUGUUGACGCGUAAACAGUAACCGUAUAGGCAAAUGAUUGUCUGGCUAAAAAAGCUAUGGUCUGUGGCCUAUGGAUGUACAUGAAAGGGAAAGUUCUAAAUGGCCUGUCAAGCAAUUAGCCUUAACAGUUUUUGCAGUGAUAUAGACAUGAUAUCAUUAUAUAGGAACAUCAUGGUCUGACAUGGACUAGAGCAUUAGCUUGGUAAAAGAUUUUAUUGGUGUGAAACUUGAAAAAAACCCUCAUUGCAAUGAAACGAUUCAGGUUUUGGUAGAUGGUUUUGUAUAAAAUAGCACGAAAGCUCUUGUCAGGCAACAGAUUUGCUAUAUGUAAUAGUAAACAUUCAUGUCAAAUUCAUAUUAUUAUUUCAGAUGUGAGACAGAUGCUACAAAUGUUAAACUAUUUUAGUCCGGGCACAGUGCAAUCUAUCUUUUUACUCUUUUACAAUGGGCCGUCAGGCUAACGGUGUCUAUAUACCCUUAGUAGCUCCUAUCUUUUCGGUUGAAAAAAAUUUCCCGCGAUAUGAUUGGAAUUUUGCGCGGAUGCGAAAUCGCAAUUUUAUCUCACUUGUUGAUUACAUGAAGAGUUUUACUUCCUGUUGCAAAACAAAUAUGUUUGUAUAACAUAAGGGCGACUGUAAUUGGCGUUUAAGCUGUUGUGGUGUCCCAGCUUCUUUAUUUUAUAAGCUUUUGUUUUGUAAGAAGCGAAGCCAAAUGAAUAAAUUUCAUAAGCAUAGCCAUUGGAGUUCUGACCUCUAUGACAGCCGACUGAUGACGCGUUAAAGUCUCGCCCCAGUCGCGCAUGAGCAGACUGUUUCCAGUUUACGUGCAGCCUCAACCCGAAUUUAUUAAUUUUUUGCAGGUGCAGUAGCCUGCGUAGCAGUCGCUUUAUUUUAUUGAAGGUUUUGAGGAUUUCUGAAUAAAUGGCGGGUUAGAAAAAAUGGGCAAAGAAGAAAAGGGCGAGAAAAACCCCGCCACUUAUUCAAAAUCCUCAAAACCUUCAAUAAAAUAAAGCGACUGCCACGCAGGCUACUUCCAGUUUGACUUUACCAAAUACCGCAGCUAUUCUCCGUAUUGAGAAACCAGAAAUACGAGAUGUCGCUUACUGCAGCUCUAGGGAGUGAAUUGAUGCUACCAGAUAAACUUAGUUUAGACUUGAUUUAAUAAAUCUAUUAAUCCCUAUUAAAUAAAGUAGCAAUACAAAUAAGUAAUAGACAUAUGGAGAAUAACAGCAGGAGGAAACUAUAAAUUCCUAGGCAAAGGCAAACAGUUUCAUCAGUCCAACAUUUGUCAUAACAAAUUUUGAUCUGGUCUCUCUGUAAAUUUAAUAUAUUGUGUAUUGUAUGUACAGGUAUUGGUAGAAUAGCAUUGAUGAAGAUCUGGGCUUACGGAUCGAAAGCUUUGCAGUAAUAAAUUUACGUGGUGUUUCCACAAACAAAACUAUUAUAGAAUAAAGUUUGUUUAUUUUUCAAGACGAGAACUUAAGUAAUUCGUACUAAAUUCAACUAAACACUGUCCUUUUUAUUUCCACAGAGGCAGCCAGAGGAAAGAGACAGCUCCUGCAGACAAGGCUGUGAACGGUCUCACAGUCAAAGUUGAGAAUACUUCAAUCACAGCCAAGGAACCAGAAUCUCCAGUUCAGAUUGAGGUUACAGAGCAUGUGGAAGACGAUGGCGAGACUUACACUGAGGUGAAAGAGGAGACAACGACAAAACAAGAUGGCGACGCAGUUGAAGAGAAGAAGGAAGUGACAACAACAACAAAAACAACGACACCAGGUGGAGGAAAGAUACAAACUAAAGAAACGAAAACUACCACAAAGAAAACUUUCAUGGGUGAGUUUCGUGUUUAUUUUAUUGAAACACAACUUCUGUUCAAACGGUAACGACGAGACGAAAGUUUGGUUAGUGUAUAUUCCCGGUUGCCUCUUGUACUGAACCAACCAAGUCAUGAUCCUUCCUGGUCCUCUAGGAAGAACAGUUUAGAACUGAUAGAACCAUCCAGUAUAAAUAAAGUCAGUUCAGUUUAGGUUUCCUCCUGUAGUAACACUGGAUCAAUAAGAGAGGACUCUUUCUGGACCCCCAGGGAGAACAGUUUAGAACUGAUAGAGCUAUACAGUAUAAAUAAAGUUAGUUUAGUUUAGGUUUCCUCCUGCAGUAAUACUGGAUCAAUAAGAAAUGAUCCUUACUGGACCUCUAGCGACAACAGUUUAGAACUGAUAGAACUAUCCAGUAUAAAUAAAGUUAGUUUGGUGUAGGCUCCCUCCUGUAGUAACACUGGAUCAAUAAGAGAGGACUCUUUCUGGACCCCCAGGGAGAACAGUUUAGAACUGAUAGAGCUAUACAGUAUAAAUAAAGUUAGUUUAGUUUAGGUUUCCUCCUGCAGUAAUACUGGAUCAAUAAGAAAUGAUCCUUACUGGACCUCUAGCGACAACAGUUUAGAACUGAUAGAACUAUCCAGUAUAAAUAAAGUUAGUUUGGUGUAGGCUCCCUCCUGUAGUAACACUGGAUCAAUAAGAGAGGACUCUUUCUGGACCCCCAGGGAGAACAGUUUAGAACUGAUAGAGCUAUACAGUAUAAAUAAAGUUAGUUUAGUUUAGGUUUCCUCCAGUAGUAACACUGGAUCAAUAAAAGAUGAUCUUACUGGACCUCUAGCGACAACAGUUUAGAACUGAUAGAGCUAUCCAGUAUAGAUACAGUUAGUUUAGUUGUAGUUUUUGGUGAACUUACUCUAAGAUCCAGCAUUAACUUGCAGACCCCGAGCUUCAGAAACGCAUGGCACAAAGACAACGAGAUAGAGUUACGGCGAAGCGUGACCAAGCUUCGUCAGCAAAGAACAAAAGAAUGGUUUUCAUGCAGAAACUGGAGGCAAACAGUCCUGCUCAAAAGUAUGAGGAAAUUCUUCCGCAAAACGCUUUACUUAUAUGUAAACAUCAACAGCUAACACUGCUAAUCAUACACAACAAUCUACCUAAUGUAGCUUGACAUCUGUUAUUAAAAUCUACUACACUAACAGGCUAAUUGUCUUAUACUAACGGGCGGGUGGGUACUUUAGUCACAGAGUAGGAAGGUAUAGCAGAAGUCUCACUCCUUUGUGUUACGUCCACGAAAAUUUUAACUUGCUCACGCCAAUCCACGCCAUCCUGGCUAGUACAGCCGGAAGUUUUUAUCAGGUUUUGGUAGGUACAAAGUGCCGGUUGUACUAGCCAUGAUGGCGUGAUUGAUGACGUAUCGCUUGUAAAAACGCGGACAAAUAUUUGCUUGAGUGAGACUUCUGCUAUACCUUCCUAUUCUGUGCUUUAGUCAAGCUUGUGGAACCGACAACAUGUGCUGGCUUAACCUGCACCACCCAUUUACAACCGAUUCACAAUCGGGCUCCCAGCCUUGUGUGAGAAAACAUUUUCUUCUUGUUUCGCACCUCAGCCAGCAGAAAACAACACUUACUAAUUUUCUCUUUAUCUUCAUUUCAGAGCACCUUCAAAUGUUAAACGCUCUGGUUCAAACGUUGAUAAACUCUUGGCAUGGUGUAGAUUUAAAUUACGCGAUUACGAGGUAAGUUAUCAUUUAUUAUUAUAUGGCAAGCAUCACUUCCGGUGAAAUGGCGGACUGUGAUUGGCUGCGAAUUUCAAUAAAUAAUAAACAUACAUACAUACUUUUUUUCGUUAAGUAAUUUUAAAACUAAAAUUAAAACACACUUUUUAGAUACCUUUUACUCUAAUUUAUAACAUUAGUUAUAACAUAAUAACGUAACAUAGUUUUAACUUUAAAUUUUUCAUAUUUGUAAUUGUAUGCGGAAAAAGCAGUCUAGGAGCAUUUCAAUAAAGUAUGUAUGUAUGUAUGUAUGUAUGUAUGUAUGUAAGACACGCGCACUCGCCACUCUGUCACAAACAUCCCUAAAUAAAACUUUUUCAAACUCUUCUUAGGGAGUGAAGCUUACUAAUUUCUCCUCGAGUUGGGCGGAUGGUUUAGCAUUCUGUGCAUUAAUACAUCUUUAUUUACCGGAGAAAAUACCCUACGAGGAACUUCUCGCCGGGGGAGACAAGAAACGGAACUUCGAGAUGGCGUUUGGUGCAGCAACGUGAGUAAUUAUCGAUCAAUCAUAUUGAUCAAUUUAUCAAUCAAUUUAUUGAUCAACAUGAUUAUGAGAAAGCUUGUUCAGCAGAGCGUCCACCGACUCUUUCACGCGUGAAUGUCAUUAGUCCGAAACAAGAAUCGAAGGCGCAAUCUCAGCGGUAACGGUCGCUCUGACGAAGCCCUAUUCGAAUUCUACUUGUAAAUUCAUGAAUAAUUUUAAAAUAAGGCUACAAACAAAUUACGACUGGAUAAAAAUCAGAAAGGCAUCUUAGAGGGAUGUUUAUGAAAGUUAUGAAGAUUUAUUAGAAUCAAAACGCAUGUAGUGGAUGCCAUAGAGAUUAUAAGUAACACUAGAGGAGGCAUUGUAAUCUUAAUUCAGUUAAAAAAAGGGAACGCAGCUAUUGGGGGGGGAAUUUGAGUCCCGGAUGUGUAUUCACGUUCCCAUUGGUGACGAGUUUCAAAUCAGCCAAUGGAGACGAUUUGAUAUCCCCCCCCCCCCCCAAUUAGCUGCGUUCCCAAUUUUUAACUUCGAUGCCUCCUCUAGUGUUAUUUAUAAUCUCUAUGGUAGAUGCAGCAAUGAAGCGCGAGAUUAUCCCCAUAGGCAGUGAAUACUAUUAAACAAAUAAAAUUCGUUAAAAUAUUCGCAAUUGAUCUUUACGAGCAUUUAACAAUGUGAAAACUAGGUACAUUGAUAGUCUGCCAGCUGAGGCAAUACAACUCAGAUCGGGUGUUCCAUAUUUUGUGUCCUGAGAGAGUAACUGAUACUAGACAGAGAUUGUGUCUGAGCUUGUACAAGCAAAACAAUAAAUGACAUGUAUUUUCUUUAUUAAUUCAGUGAGGCUGGCGUUGCUGAACUUCUAGAGGUUGAAGAUAUGCUAUCAGUUUCCAAUCCGGAACCAAAGAGUGUGAUGACCUAUGUCUCUUCAAUAUACAAACAUUUUAACCCUUCUUGAAAGGUAAUAUAGUUUCUUAUAUAAAAUAUAUUUACAGAAUAUCGGUACGUGUGUGAUAGGACAUUCCUAGCUAGGUUCUUGGGGGAAUUAAAUGAGUUGUAUACUUCCCAGAGAAGUUUCGAUUAUAAUGGGGGAAUUGUUUAUAUUACUAUGGUGAAGAUAAAGCAGAUUAUCAUGGGAAAUCAUAAUGCUUAGCUUGUCUGUUUAGCUAAAUAUACAAAAAUACCCAAAAAGAGCCAAUAGGCAUACAUAAGUUUUAUAAAAUAAUGAUCACUAUUGCUCAACAUGGAAACUUUAUACAUUGUGAUCUGAUUUGAUGAGAACUAAGAAUCGACUAGAAAUUUUGCGAUUGUGUUACUUCGUAAUAUUCAGAUCAAGUGAUUAACAAUUAACUGAAUUACUGUGUGGUAUAGUUGGGGGUCAACCUGCACUCCUGCAGUUAUCAGAAUGAGAAAAUAAUGUUAAUCUAUUCAUCUGUAAUAGGCUCGAUUUUCACAACUUACAUUAUUAAAAUUCAUAUUUGAGGUUUUAUGAUGAAAGCUUCGCAUGCUAUUUUUUAGCUAAAUGGGCAUUUUUCAUGCUUAUAUAAAAGAGAUAUCUAUAUUGUAAUUUUUAAUAUUUGAGAAUUUUGUAGUGUCAAAUUUAGUAAUAAAGUUAGUUUUAUAUUUUCCGUGGUUUGAUGUUAUCACAUUUAAUCUAAACGCUUGGUUCUAUUCUAUGCUUACAUUAUCAGAACAGUGGCAACUAGGCAUGUGCAUGAGUUAAGCUACGAAUACACGGGCAAUACUUUUCUGGCGAUGGCAAUGCAAUGGUGGUAAAAUCGUUGCAUUGCCGUCGCGAGAAAGAAAUUGCUUGUGCAUCAUGCUCUGCGACGGCAACGCAAAGCUGCGCGCAAUCGUUGCCGAAAUUUCAAAUCAUUUGAUUUUCGGCAAUGAUUGCCGAAAAUUGGGAGGUGUGGUCAAGGAAGGUCAAGGUUGAUGAAUGACACGUUUCUUGACCAGCCAAUGAAAAGCGUUACGAAGACAUAUAUUGCAGGUGAAAUAUUGCAGGUGUAGCCACCUUGUGCGACGGCAACGCAAUGCUGUCAUCACCCAUUGCGUGACCAUCGCAGCAAAAAUAUUGCUCGUGUAUCCGAAGCUUUAGGAAUUCAAUGACAUGUAUAAUUGAAAUACUUGGUUAUCUUUGUUCCAUUCGAUGCGGGCUUUUAGCCAGAAGGGCGUCCUGGGACGCCCCUAGAACGAAAAGUGGACGCCUUUGGACGCCCAAAUUCUGGGGGGAAAGGGAAAUUAUUUUCAAUUAUUUCCCUAAGUAUAUAAUAUUAAUAUAUUUGAAACGAAAUAGCUUCAAUUCUCAUUAUUAUUAUACAUUUGACAUUUUGAUCAACCUGAUGGGGUACCUGGCUGAAUUAAAAUGUCGUAGUUAAGUGAAGAAGCAUAGCGGCACAAACUCACAAAGCCAAGUGUGUUUGAAAAAUUUCGAACAAGCUUGGAACAGAUACUGAUAUGAAGUAACGUAAACUUCAAAGAUUUUCCAGAGGAACGUUUUCUCACCCCCUCUCUUUACUGUAGAUGUUUCGUUAUACCAAAAUUGGACACCCUCUUUUAGGACCCUGGCUAAAAGCCUGAUUCGAUGCUUACAUUAUCAGAACAGUGGUAACUAGGCAUGUGAGUUAUCGGAAAAUGUGAACUGGCUGGCAUUUGUCCAUGCAAUGUUAUCAAACUCAUCCAGCCUGCAGUUGUACAAGACGUCGAUGAAUCAGCGGUAUUCCGUUAAACCAAACUUCUCAAGUCUUUUCCACAUUUUGAGUCUCUCUAUUCACGCAUGCGCAUGCCUCACUAUCUCCUUCCUUUCCCUCCCCCCUUACUUCCGUUUUCUUCACCUUGGUUCUCUUCUUGCCAAGCUUGCACUGUUCAUGGUUUGGCGUCCAGGCCCCCAGACUUGAGUUCGAGUAGAAGUCCAUCGGAUACUGUUCUUGCCACUCGAUUGAUUUCACUGCAACCAUUGCCUGUGUGAAGAAGAUUUAGGUUUCCUAAUUAAUCCGUGUUUAUACCUGUUCGAAUAAGCAUAAUUA